UCUUUUGGACCCAACCAGCCCCCUUGUUUUGUUAUCUCUUUGGUUUUAGUGUGGCACACACACACACAGAGGGGAUGACUGUCUGGGCAGAUGGUGCUCAGUGUGAGGACUAGAAGCUGAGACGAGGCACAGAGGGACAGACUCCUCGUCCGUCAUGGGAUGCUGCAGUGUGACCCAGAGGCAUACUGGAGUGGACGAGGUGGGCCCUGAUGAGAUUGAGCUCCUGGAACUCUCUGGAGACAAUUUAGGGGUGUGGAGUCUGGGAGAGACCAGGCUGCAGCUGUCGGUUAGAAACAGCAGAGAUGAGCAGGAGCCACCGCCACAACCACCACCGCCACCACAGCGCUACCCUUCAGUGCGACACCUGGAACAAGAGGUGGUGCUGUGGGGCAGGAGCAGAGAUGAGCUGCACCACAGGAUUUACUCCCACCAGCCAAUCAGGGAGUGGGAAGGCCAACCUGCCCACAUGUAUGGAGAGAUCAUCCACUCCUCCCUGGUGUCUCUCUACAACAGCUACACACAGGAAACCAGUGAACACUUCCUGGUGUUGUUUUCUUUCCACCUGCUGAUCCUCUCCCUCGACCACUCUCGACAAGACUUCAUUUAUGAGGGCAUCCUUCCCCUUUCUGGACUUUCCUUACAAGCCGUCUCCCUGGACCCUGACACGUCACAUUCACCACACAUGUUUGAGAUCAGCAGUCCAAUGAUGGACUCUAAGGUCUUCAUAUGCGCCAACAUUGCAGAGCUACAGAAAUGGAUGCACCACAUAGAAGACAGGAGAUACAAGUCGAUGGCACAACCCAUGAGCCCCUCCCACUGCGCCCUCUCCUAUCUUUUACCCUGCGAUGAGAACUGGAAAAGGGAAGAACUAAAAAACUACCUACUACAAGCUCCCAUAUGGCAGUGGGAGGGCUCGCCGAUACAGCACAUGGGUCAGCCUGGAUACAUAUCUGUCGUCCAUAUCAUCAACACACAUAGACAGGGACUCCAAGAAAGACUGAUGGUUCUCUUCCCUCAAGACGUCCUGCUGUUGUCAGUUGACAACAAGCGUCUGAAUAUAACAUAUGAGGGCAGGUUGCCCCGACACAGCAUCAGAGCAGUGGAGAGGUCAGCCCUGCCAGGACGGCUGGAGUUUGAACUGAUAGGUGAGCUGGUGGAGCCCCUGCAGGUCUCUUGUUCCUGUCUGGAGGAUUAUCGGAACUGGAUGUUUCAGUUACAACAGCCAGACAGAAACAGCCACGUCACUGUGAGCCGCGCUGCACCUCCAAUUAUGCCAAAGCUGCAGAGGAGCAGGAAGGAGUCCCAGGAACCGAUGAUAACAGCCGACCAGUGUCGCAUCAACGGGCGCAGCUGACUCGUCUGAAUGUGGAAAAGCUUGACUGUAAUUAUAAAUCUGAGAAAAUGUGUAGAUAGCAUGUACAUAUUACUUUAAUGUCCAAUUGUGCCACAGAAUGGAGAUACAGCAGUAAAAUGUUCUCACCCUGUUUUGAUAUAAUUGGGUGAUUUUUUUCACUCUGAGGGACUGAAAAGACGCUCAUAGCUCCCUUUCAUGUGAGGAAAAACAGAAACAAGGUCGUGACCCAGUUUGAGGCCAGGCCACAGCUGAGGAAAUGUUAGAUGUAGAGACUGUAGAGCUGCUAAGGUUACUGAAGAAACUGUACAUAUUUAGCUUUGAUGCCUUUACCGUGAAAUACACAAUGUUUGACUUUUCCACAAUAAACUAUUUGAAACCUCCAAA